UAUCAUCAAAUCAACGAAGUCUUUCGUCGUCAUCAAUAAUCAUAUCACUUCUGCGAUGUGGGCACAUUUUGUGUACGAUUUUAUUGCUCCUUAACUCCAUUCCCCAGCAUCACUGGUUUAUUAACCGCUAGACACAGUGCCUUUUUUGUUUUCAAAAUGAUGGUUGAUAAAGCAAUACAUCCGUUAGUUGCUUCUCUUUUUCUUGUAAUCUGGUUUGGAGGAUCACUUCCCUAUGCCUAUGCUCAGCUGAGUCCCACUUUUUACGAUGAAACAUGCCCUAAUGUGAACAACAUCAUUCGUGGAGUCCUUGUUCAGGCUUUGUACACAGAUCCCAGGAUUGGAGCCAGCCUCACUCGACUUCAUUUCCAUGAUUGUUUUGUUAAUGGUUGUGAUGGAUCGAUCCUUUUGGACAACACUGAUACUAUAGAGAGUGAGAAAGAAGCUGCUCCAAAUAAUAAUACAGUAAGGGGUUUUGAUGUUGUUGAUGACAUGAAGGCUGCAGUAGAGAAUGCUUGUCCUGGGAUCGUAUCCUGUGCUGAUAUUCUCGCCAUUGCAGCUGAAGAGUCUGUUUGUUUGGCAGGAGGACCCUCAUGGACAGUUCCUUUGGGAAGAAGAGACAGCUUAAUAGCAAAUAGAAGUGGUGCUAAUUCUGCCCUUCCGUCUCCCUUCGCGAGCCUUGAUGUUCUCAAAUCCAAGUUUGCAGACGUGGGCCUCAACACCAGUAGUGACCUGGUUGCCCUUUCAGGUGCUCACACAUUUGGAAGGGCUCAAUGUUCAAGUUUCAAUCUUAGAUUGUAUAAUUUUAGUGGCAGUGGCAAUCCUGAUCCAACACUGAACACAACCUAUCUAGCAGAACUUCAACAAUUAUGUCCUCAAUCUGGAAAUGAGAGUGUUGUAACAUAUCUUGAUUCCACUACACCUGAUACUUUCGAUGGCAACUAUUUCUCCAAUCUUCAAACCAAUGAAGGCCUGCUUCGUAGUGAUCAAGAGUUGUUUUCUACUACAGGUGCCGAUACCAUUGACAUUGUCAACAAUUUUAGUAGUAACCAGACUGCAUUCUUUGAAAGCUUUGUGGUGUCCAUGAUUAGAAUGGGGAAUAUUAGCCCCUUAACCGGGACAGAUGGAGAGAUCAGAUUGAAUUGCAGAAGAGUCAACGACAAAUCAACCGGAUCAAAUGCUCUUCUGGCUAGCUCAACAUGUAGAAUUCCAUUCGUAAAAGCUAUGGAUAAGCAAGCGGUGAACACUGAAAACAUCAUUUGUAUACAAGAGAAAAUGAAGCUUUCCAAACUUAUGGUUGUAGCUUUAUUCUAUGCAUUUUUGGUUGGAGGGCCAUUAGCCUAUGGUCAGCUUACUCCAACAUUUUAUGAUGAAACAUGUCCAUCUGUGAUCAGCAUUAUCCGUGGAGUCAUUGCAGAGACCUUGAUUUUCGAUCCCCGGAUCGGUGCUAGCCUCAUUAGGCUUCACUUCCAUGACUGUUUUGUUCAUGGUUGUGAUGGAUCUAUUUUGUUGGACAAAACUGCUACUAUAGACACCGAAAAGGAAGCUUUUGCUAACAAUAAUUCUGCAAGAGGCUUUGAUGUUGUUGAUAUAAUGAAGGAAAGGUUGGAGGGUGUUUGUCCCGGUACUGUGUCCUGUGCUGAUAUACUAGCCAUCGCAGCUGAAGAAUCGGUUGUCUUGGCAGGAGGUCCAUGGUGGCCAAUUCCAUUAGGAAGAAGAGACAGUCUAACAGCAAACAGAACUGCUGCUAAUGCUUUCAUCCCAGGUCCCCGUGACACCCUUGAGCGUCUCAGAUCCAGAUUUACGGUUGUUGGCCUCAACAACAAUACCGAUCUGGUAGCACUAUCUGGUGCUCACACAUUUGGACGAGCUCAAUGUAGAACUUUCAUUGAUCGACUGUACAACUUCAACAACACUGGCCUUCCUGACCCAACAUUGGACACCACUUCCCUAGCAACACUUCAGCAAUUAUGUCCCCAAGGAGGAAAUGGGACUGUGCUAGCUGAUCUUGAUCCCACAACACCUGAUUGCUUUGACAAUAACUAUUUCUCCAAUCUUCAAGCUAAUAAAGGCCUACUUCAGAGUGAUCAAGAACUGUUUUCGACUCCUGGGGCUGAUGAUAUCAUUGAACUUGUUAACAUAUUCAGUACUGAUGAAACAGCUUUCUUCGAAAGCUUUGUUGAGUCCAUGAUAAGAAUGGGGAAUCUUAGUCCUUUGACAGGGACAGAAGGUGAGAUCAGAUUGAACUGCAGAGUAGUCAAUGCAAACUUGGCUGGAAAAGAUAGUGCGCUUGUUAGCUCAGUUUGAAAGCCAGACUAUGCCAAGAAAAAAUUGAAAAUAACCUCAUGUAUAUGUAUGUGUGUAAUAAAAAUAACUUUGAUGGAAAUGAAAUGUAAUACUUAAAAUUCAGAAUAAAUAUUGAAGUUACAGCUUGGUCUAUUUGCCUGGCUGAGCACUCUUCAAUGGAAUUUCUUUGAA